AAUUCAAAGCUAAUCCACACGGCGCACACGUGAAUUCCAGAAUGACACUAACAUCUGUUUCACAAGAGGCAGAGGCAUUUAAGGAAGAGGCAAAUAAGUUCUUCAAAGGUAAUUCGUGCGGAAACUGCUCAUGUUUAUACAUAUUUUCAUUUUCCUAACUAACAUUUGAUCUGCAGAUGGCGAAUAUGACAAAGCAAUCGAAGCAUACACAAAGGCGAUUGAUAUUUGCGAAAGUGCCGUUUACCUUGCCAACAGAAGUCUUGCUUACCUUCGUACUGAAUGCUUCGGCUAUGCCUUAGAUGAUGCUUCACGAGCUAUUAAUGUGGAUAGUUCCUAUGUAAAGGUUUGCAGAACGCCUUUUAAAAAUAUUUAUCCAGGGGUAUUAUCGCAGGGCAUCCGCACAUAUGGCUUUAGGCCAGUACAAAGAAGCGUUAGCGGACUACGAAACUGUAAGUUGUAAAAACUCAGUUUCUUUCUUGUAUUUGGUUCAUUUAAUCUAUACUUAAUAAAAGCUAUGUACUAUUUUCACUUCGAGGGUAGUAAUUGGCGGACUUAUCUUGGAGCACGUAAUUAUGCACAAGUAGUCAGUGUCUGUUCAGUGUACAAAAUCUGUUAGCUUAAGGGUUAUUGUUUAUUUCACUGUUUUUCCCACUCAUCUCUCCAGCUUUUGUUUGUUAAAUAACAAAAUUACUCAUCACAAAUCUAGUGUAUAGCAUCAGUCACCUGUGAGUUGUUUUUGUUUUUAAUCAGGUGAUUCGAGUUGCACCCAGUGACAAAAUGGCUCGUGAGAAGUUGACAGAAUGCCAGAAAAUUAUUCGCCGUAAGGCAUUUGAACAAGCCAUUGCAGUAGAAGACCAACCUUCUCCACUAGAAUCUCUUGAUGCAACAACAAUCGCUGUAGAGGCUAGUUAUGAUGGCCCUCAUCUUGAGCAAGACUGCAAUGGGAAAUACUGUGUCACAGAAUCUUUUAUGUUGGCUUUAAUGGAGUACUACAAAUCCCAGAAAGUACUACACCGGAAGUAUGCUUUGAUAAUAAUGCAAGAUAUUUUCUUAUUCCUCCGAAACUUGCCGAGUUUAGUGGAGAUUGACGUUCCAGACGAAACAAAGUUUACUGUUUGUGGUGAUAUACAUGGUCAAUUUUAUGAUCUUAUGAAUAUAUUCGAAAUUAAUGGGCUUCCGAGCAAAGAUAAUCCUUACUUGUUCAAUGGUGACUUCGUUGAUCGAGGAUCAUUUUCUGUGGAGUGUAUUUUCACUUUGUUUGGGUUUAAACUUCUUUAUCCAGACAAAUUUUACCUUUCCAGAGGCAAUCAUGAAUCCGAACAUAUGAAUAGAAUGUAUGGCUUUGAAGGUGAAGUGAAAUCAAAAUAUUCAUCUCAGAUGGCCAGUAUGUUCACAGAUAUAUUCAAUUGGCUGCCGUUAUGUCAUCUUAUCAAUGAAAAAAUCCUGGUUAUGCAUGGUGGACUGUUCGAACGUGACAAUGUCACCUUAGAUGAAAUAAAGAAAGUUUCCCGAAAUCGUCAACCCGAUGAAGGCACCAUUAUGUGUGAAUUAUUAUGGUCUGAUCCAAUGGAAGCUAAGGGUCGAACGCACUCUAAGCGUGGAGUUGGAUGUCAGUUUGGUCCUGAUGUUACUGAAAAUUUCUGCAAACAAAACGGUUUAGACUAUAUUAUACGAAGUCAUGAGGUCAAGGAUGAAGGGUAUGAAGUUGCUCACAACGGUCGUUGUAUCACUGUUUUCUCAGCUCCAAAUUAUUGUGACACGAUGCGUAAUCGAGGAGCUUUCAUUACACUGAAAGGCAGUCGAAAACCCGGUGGGAUGGCACCGAAUUUCACCAGCUUUAAGGAAGUACCUCAUCCAGAUGUACGUCCUAUGGCUUAUGUAAAUCCUUUGCUUUCUAUGUUUAUGUGAUUUUUAUGCUUUUUUUUUCUUAUUUUGUGCCUUACAUAGUGACCGAAUAACUUUGUUAUGUUUACUGUUGACCCGACCAGUGUAUCAACCAUCCAUUAUACACCGUUUUAGGUGAAAUUCUUUCUUACCAUUUCCAUUCUUAGUGACUUGUUUUUUAACCAGAGAUUCUCAUAUAUGCAUUUUUAAUUCUAUGGUGUUAAUCACUAUGAGAAAAUGUAUAAAUUGUUACUCAUAUUCUUCACACCACAGUUAUUGGCAACGUGUGUAUCACUGAUCUUUUCUUGAGUUUAUUCGAUUUAUUGUACCACUUUGUCCAAUUACCGGUUGCCAUUAUUAGUAUGUUUUAAUGAAACCAAAUAGGUUUCAUUCAUUUUUUGACUAUAUGUAUCGUGUUUUAGUAUAAAAAUACAAAAAAGUCAUUUAUGUUG